GCGCCGCCGCCGGAGGAGCCCAGGAGCGCGGGGCGGCAGAGGAGAAGCGGGAGGCGGAGGAGAAGCGGGAGGCGGCGGGAUGGCUUUCCAGCAGCUGGCGGACGCCGCGGCGCAGUGGUGCUCCCGCACGCCCUUCGAGCUCAUCGCCGCGGAGGAGACGGAGCGCAGGAUGGACUUCUACGCCGACCCCGGCGUCUCCUUCUACGUGCUGUGCCCGGACGGCGGCUGCGGGGACACUUUUCACGUGUGGAGUGAGAGCGAGGACUGCCUGCCCUUCCUGCAGCUAGCACAGGACUACAUCUCCUCCUGCGGCAAGAAGACGCUCCCGGAAGUCUUGGAAAAAGUCUUCAAGUCUUUCAGACCCUUACUGGGCCUCCCGGACGCCGAUGAUGACGCGUUUGAAGAGUACAGCGCCGACGUGGAGGAGGAGGAGCCAGAGGCCGACCACCCCCAAAUGGGGGUCAGUCAGCAGUAAACUUGGAAGGAGUGAGCCCCGUGGUCCCCGAGGCAGGCUCUCGAGCUGCUCCUGGGCUAGCUCUUAGCAACAGGACGUCUGGCUCCCAGCUUCCGAAUUCAAACGAAAUACCUUCUUAACAACCACAGAAUAUCUGGGAUGAGCUGCACUCAGCAGUGGCCUCCAUUUGACUCCUGUGUCAGUGGGUUGCUAUGGCGUCGUCUCAGUAGCCUUGGCCAUUUCUAAUGCAGAGUCCAUUCUGUGGCUGACGGUUCUCUUGAGUUUCUGUUGGAGAAUUGGCAUGCACUGGCUCGAGUGUCGGGAACUCCGAAUGUACGAAGGAUGUGUUUUGAGUCCUCACAGGUGACUCGAUGGAGGGAAAAGCAUGGCAGAGAAGAAAUGCGGUCUGCACUUUGUAUGUACCUGGUUACGUGUCGUGAGUGAGCGUUGUUGCUUAUAAAGCAUGAGUUUUAAUACCUAGUCGUUACACUGCACAAGUGCAAGUACAGGGGCAGGCAAGGAUCGCCAUGCAGCUUUGGGUGAAAAGACCCUCCCAGUGUGCAACCAGUCCUGAGUGACCUGGGGAUGUGGCAACUGGUUCCUGGUUCUAUAAACAUGCUUGCCUGGUCAGUUACUCUAAAACAUGUUAAUUCUAAGACUUAACCGUGGAUAUAAAUGGGGUGACAUCAGUUACUAACUUCUUUAGACUGAAAACCGUCCCACAUAUGAAACAUUUACCUUCUCUCGUUAUAAUGAGAUGGCAAUUUGUUAAAUCAUGAAACUAUCUAAAAUCCAAGGGCCACGUCAACUUUGAAGCCAUAGAUCAAUUUAAUGGGACAAUAAACCAGGAUAACAUUUUUUUUAAAAAAAUAUGAUGGAAUCCUUUUUUCGUAAUCUGACUUUUAUGCUUU